GGAAUGAGACCUACGGAAGUACUCCGUAAGCACAGUAAGGUAGUCGCGUGGCGUCGACUUACGAAUACAGAGGCCAACCUGUCCCUCCUUUCACACAUAGAUAAUAACAGGGAGUAUCCCAAUUAUGUGCUUUGUUUCUCUCUCUCUCUCCAUGAUCUUCCCCAUUUUUUUUCUGUCCCUCCGAUGUCUUGACACUUGUCAGAAGACUACGUGAUCCCUUCCGUAGUCCUUCGACCCCGUCUUCAAUCCCGGUCCUUCGUCAUAAGGCACACUUGAUCCGAAAACCAUGUCGAGAAAGGGAGAAGGGGCAUUGCGUCUCCGCCGCCGGCUCCCGUUGCGGCUUCGCAAGGCUAUCGAUACCGUCAGGGCGAAGACGAAAAACCUCUGCUCGCUCUGCGUUCAGCCGUUUCAGAGAAAUGACGCAAAUCGGAAUAUAUGCCGUAAAGGCGAAGGCACACCGGUGAAGCAGAAGGGUGGCCCAAGUGGAAAAAGGCUCCGGCGUCCGUUAAAAACUUUCCACCCUUUCCAGCGUCUACCCACCGAGCUACGGAUGCAGAUCUGGUCGCUAGCGAUACCGGAACGGGUAGUAAGCUUCGCCCAUCCAAGGAACGCCUGGGGCCGGUGGCGCCCCUUGGAUAGGGGGAUUCCCUUUGGACCACCCUUCGUGAUCAACACACUCAAGGGCUCUUUCCACACUAUUGCGCUACUUCGGGUGAACCGCGAGGCUCGUGCCGCCGCCAUGUGGUACCUGUACGGUCGGGGACCACCGCUGCCCCAAUCAAAGGGACAUGAACGACAUGAACAACAUGAAGGACAUGAAGGAGAAACGGCCCACUGGAAAAUUAAUGAGGAGACGAGUUGGGGCGGAUGGAAGAGGCAAUGGGACCCUGAGACGAGCCCGAAUCUUUUCAGUCCCAUGAACGACACGGCCGUCAUUCCAUUCCGUGACGCCAUUACAGUCGACGGGUUUGCUCAACCCAGGUUCGCGCCCAUCGUCCAUGCGCGGCGCAUAGCCCUGUUGGUGGAGGAGCCUGGGUUCCGACAUCGAUGUCGAUUGGAACGACUCGAUCCACUCUAUACUAUCACAAAACGCAGAACGUUCUUAAUCCGAGUAGCCGUGGCCCUGAUUUCCUGGUUGCCAGGGGGGGAAUGGACGCCACCAGUGCCUUCCCGAGACUUUGAUGACAUGCCGGUGAAGCUUGACCACCUCAAGGAGCUGGAGACGGUGACGCUCGUGUUUCGGAAGUACCGGAUGGGAUCGUCGUCUAAGCGGACGACGCGGACGAUGCCGGGCCCUCGGACACGAAUCGUGGCGUACGAACCCAAACCGGAGAGCCGGGAGGAAGAAGUCGAAACUUUCAGCGUAGAACGCUUGUUGGAAGAUAUUUUGCGAGCGAAUAGAGGCCUCGAGCGGUUCUACGGGCGGGCAGGGCCGGUAUUAGCGGUAAGGGAAAGUGAGGAGUUGGCAUCGUUCGUGGCUGGGACGGGCUUGCCGCCCGGGGUGCAGCUGCAGUUUGGUAAGAUCGAAGACCCUGAUGCUUGGAAAGACGAGAUGUGGUACAGAGGCCAGUUGGCGUUGCGCGUGUCGGCGUUUGUAUUCCUCAGACUGCCCGUCUAUGCUAUACUGGCACCGGUGUGGUCUGUUCUAGAUUGUUUUGGCCUUUGAGCAAGAGAAAAGAAAAAAAAGAAGAGAAGAGAAGAGAGAGAGAGAGGAUGUGUGAGGGUAAGGGCGGGUGGGGUGAUUUCUCGACAAAAGCAAGGUGCGAAAGGAGUAUGACGAAGGCAGCUGGACUUU